ACUAGAGCGCGACUUUUAUUUUGAAAAUGGCGGACUCCUCACUGCUACGUUUGCUAGCUGUAGCUUUGUUUACAUUCGCACCAAAGACACUGAGAUGAGUGCACUUCAUUCCCACACGGAAAUAUACAUUUUAUACUAUACCAGUAAUUAAUAAAACGUUUUUCCAUUACAGCAGGUGGAUGAGGAGGGUUAUGUCAAGAUGGACCAAACAAUGCGGGAUAAGCUCUCACAACUGGUUGAGGAGUUGACAACCUCUGGAGAACCACAGUUGAAUCAAGACAAAAUGAAGGAAGUGAAGAAAAUUUGCAAAGUUUCCAAUGACUACAUCGAUCAUUUCUACCACUUGAUUAUGACCCAGCUGAACCAAGAGCACGCAGAGAUCCGUCUCUCCGCCUUCCAGAUGGUCAGCGAGAUCUUCAGCCGGUCACAUCACUUCAGAGGUCUUCUCAUCACAAACUUUCAGGAGUUCCUGGAGCUUACAGUCGAGACCGACGCCGAGCAGCCGCUGCCUCCACCCAAAGAGGUGGCGAGAAAGCUCAGGACUCUUGCCAUUCAGACAGUGCAGUCAUGGCACGCCAUGUACGGAGAGGCGUAUAAGAAACUGUCACUGGGAUAUCACUUUCUUAAGCAGAUUAAAAAGGUGGAUUUUCAGGAUGUUGAAGCAAGAACACUGGCGGAGAGAAAGAGACAAGAGGAGAAGCAGAAGAGAUUGGAACGAAUUUACAAAGAGAAGCUUGAAAAGGCCAAACAGGAGAUGGAAGAAAUGACGACUGGGAUUGAGGAAACCUUGACUGAGAUGAACAACUGCAUAAAACUGCUUGCAACCGAUGACUUAAACCUGUUUAACGAGGAAGCAGCAGUUUCUAAUACGGGAGCCGAGGACAAAUCUGACCAGCCCUGCUGCAGUAAAGACCUGAGCAAUGAGCAGAACGGAAAGAUGACAGAGAAGAAGAACGAUGGAGGGCAAACAGACGAGUCUAGUGACGAGAGUGACAUGGAGCAAGUUCCUGAAGAGGAUGCGUUUCUCCGCAGCACUGGUUUAAUGUCUUACAAAUAUCAGCUGGAGCUCGAUGUGUGCACAGAUUUAAAAGUGAGAGAGACAGAAGAGAACGAGGCGUUGGUGAACACAGUGAGGGAUCUCCAUAGACUCGUCACAACCAGACACCUGCCUGUGGUGCAGUCCUGGAUCCAGGUCUUUACAAAGGUAGGCGUUGAGGAAGAACUGAUGAGGAGAGCCACCGAGUUAAAGAAGUCACUGGAUCAUGCCUUGAGAAAACAUGAGGAUCUUCAUAUAGACUACAAGAACAGAGAGAGAAGAGUGAUGAGAGCUCCUGAGGAUGGAGAAGACGAUGACGAGGAUGAUUUUGUAGACGUGCCGGAGAAGGAGGGAUAUGAACCUCAUAUUCCUGAACAUCUGCGGGCAGAGUACGGACUUGAUGAAACUCCCUCAACAUCAACCUCUGAGGUCAAAGCAAAGCCGUCAAAACCUGUGGUCAAACGUCCGGUUCCUCUGGUGUCCUCUAGCCUCUCUCGACUCAAGAGGAAGAUGAUUGAUGAAGAGCAGGACCCCACCUGUGCUGCUGCAACGCUGCGUGUGCUCAGACAGAGGCUAGAUUCUGCCCCGUCCACCAGUGUGUCUGAGGCCGCGGUGAGCAGCAGUGGUCAGGAGAAAGCCUCUGUUAAGGCCCCUGUCGUCCCGUUUGGUGUGGAUCUUUACUACUGGGGAGAGGAGCAGCCCACCGCCGGCAAAAUCAUCAAGCACACAUCACAGCACCAGUUCUGGGUGCCUCACGAGGUGGAGGAGGAAGUUGAAAACAAGGAGCUGUCUGCAGAGAUGAAGUCGAGAUAUAUCACAUUCGCUGGGAAAUUCACACCUGUGGAGCACAAGUGCAAAGCACCAAUGCCAGAUGGAUCUUUGUGUGAACGUCAAGAUAGAGUAAAGUGCCCGUUCCAUGGACGCAUUAUCCCUCGGGAUGAGCUGGGCAGGCCUGUUAACUCAGAAGAUGCACUGCGAUUGGAGAAGGAGAAGAGGAAACGCGAGGAGGAGCAGCCAGAUUGGCGAGACCCAGAGCUCAUGAGGGAGAUCGAGGCAGCGACUGGAGAAGAUCUGGGCUCGUCGAAGACCUACGGGAAGGGAAAGAAGGGCGGCAAAGGAAAGUCAAGGAAAAAGUACCCAAACCUCACAGACUUGAAGCAAAAUGCCAACACCUCUCGUUCCAGACUAGAGAAGAAAGUCUUCAACAAGAGCUCCAUGAGACGAGUGACGGAGGUCAUGAACAAGAUGGACAAGAGGAAACAUGAGAAAUUUGCAAAUCAGUUUAACUACGCUCUGAACUGAACCUUCAGCCGAGAUUAUUCUGCAGCUUCCAACAAAACUGUGCCUCAAAUGAAAUACAAACUUUGUCGAUUGUCUUUUUUAAUUCCUGUUAUUUUAAUAAUUUAUUAUUUUUUUUGUAUCUGCAUAAUUAAUUUAAAUUUUGAAUCCAGUGUGUUUUUUUACCAACUUUUGUGAUUGUUUGCUAGUAUUUAUAUGGUUCAGAAUUUAAAAUAUUAGUGUGUUGUCAAUGUCUGUCACUGUCAUAUUUGAAUAUUAAUACAUUUCUAUGAAUAAGACAACUUAUUUUUCAUUUGAGGGUUCCUUUGUUGUAAAUAAAUGCCCCACAGCAAAAAAAAAAUAUA